AUGUCGGGCGUUUUGUGCCAUCAGGGAUCUGGGUUUCUCGAAGGCCUGGGUUUGGGUUUAACUUCGUUUAAAUAUUUUUUAGAUAUUGAUGAUCCAGAGUACAUACGCCACUUGUUGCGGCCUGCAGCAAUAAAGGAGGAUGUAAAAUUAAUGGAGCAGAGGGGGCGAGUGUCCCUAAUACUACAGUCACCCGCCUUCCGAAAGGAGUUGGAAAGAAUCGUUGCGUCCCAAAUGCGUGAUGGGGUUUUGAGCCCGACCGUUAUGGCUCUCAAACAGCUAGUAGAUAUGCUUACGCCUCACGCAAAACUUGGGUCAUCGGCGUUUGCAAAAGGUGCCUCUGUUCCAGUCAUUCCAAUCAAUGACCUUCGUUCCCACCCGACAACCUAUUCGAAACCUGAAAAGAUCAUGCGUUGCAAAGUCGCAUCUACUUUUCGCCUCGUUGAUAUAUUUGGUUGGGGUUCAGGUUCCGCAAGCCACAUUUCGGCCAAAAUUUUCAAAGACGGUGACUCUUACCUAUUCAACCCACAAGGACUCCUUUUUAAUGAAAUCACCGCAUCAUCGCUUCUGAAGGUGGAUCUGAAGGGUAAUAUUGUCGAUGGCGGUUCGAAUGGCCUGGGAAUUGACAGCCAGGGGUGGAUGCUUCACUCUGCUAUCCAUGAAGCUCUGCCAGCCGUGCGAUGUAUUAUCCAGUUGAGUACACCGGCGACAAUUGCUGUCUCCUGCAUGCACUCUGGUCUGCCACCGCUCAGUCAAGAGGCGGUGAUGCUUGGUGCCGUGGCCACUUACGACCAAUCAUGCGUCGACCAGCACCAGCAAGGCGAAGAGCGCAACGCGGCGGAAGCGGCCGCCAUAAGAGAGUGUUUGCAGAGCACGCCUGGUGGCGAUCCCCGCGUCCUUAUUAUCCGAAAAUACGGCAUCAUGGCAAUGGGGAAGUCGGUUGAGGAGGCCUGGAUGAGCGCUUACCUGGUCAUCUCAGCUUGUGAAUCGCAGCUCCGUUUGGCCUGCGUAGCAACUGAUGAACUCAUAAUGCCUCCUCCAAAUGAAGAACCGCGUUCCUUCGACAACCAUGUCCUCCCCGUCACCACCGGUGCCUCGGGUUCGGCUAUGGACAAAAAUUGGCGUCCGGGGGAACUCGAAUUUGAGGCGAUGAUGCGUCGCUUGGAUGCAGCUGGUUAUCGCACGGGACAUCUUUACCGAGUUGCUCAGGUUCAGCCGACUCCUGGAACGCGAGCUGUGUGCAUUCCGGAGGUAGAUGGCGUCGAUGGAGAACCACUGUCGCCGGCCACGCGUACUCGGAGAGCCGCUAGUUUGGGGCGAGGGUUCAGAGAAAUUGAGGUCCCACCUGCCGCCAGUUCAUUCGCUGUUAACCACUAUAAGGAUGAUUCCACAAGAAUCAAAGAAGCCGCGGCUUAUCGUGCAAAGACGCUCUCACUCCAACGCACCCACUGGCAUAACACUCCUAAUGCUUACCAAAAAGAAGAGAUCGAGGAGGUCGGCACCACGAACCCCAAAAAAAUCACCAAGUGGACCGAGGAAACUUGUCGCUCCACCGGAGGUACUCUGGUUGCUAGCGUUGACCCCAACCAAUUCGCUCCACAGGGCGAGAAUCCCCAUGAAUUCAAGCAUAAUCUUCAAAAGGUGCGUGAAAAGUACUACAAGGACGUGCGUAAUGCUGGUCCCAAGUCGAAGAUCCUCGAGGGCCUCGGUCUCGAUGACGAUGAUGGUACUGGUGAUCUUGAGGGAAGACCCGGGGAUGUUCGAGACGGGACUGCAUCUCCAGCGCAAGUGGUCAGUCCUCGGGGAACCCUUUUGAGAUUGGAUCCUUCAAAUCCGCCGACACUCGAGCCUGGUCACGUGGUUGUAGUUGGUGCCGUCAGUAAAGGCAUAAUCAACCGCGACCAGCGCCACAACGUAGGUCUUUUCCAGUCCGUAUUUUCGCCAAAUCCCUUCGACCAAGUGACGGACGAUGAGCUGGAGCGCUACAAGCGGAAUGUUGAACGUAAGGCCAAGGGGUUACCAACAGAGGAAGAAGAAGAAGAAAUUGAACGCAGGAAACGGGCUACUCUUGAGGCCACUGUCCCUCACUCAUCGCCUAAUGGAAAAUUACUGGAUAUUGAACAUGAGGAAGUCCGCUCGGACACUAGUGUUGACGUCGGGCACCAAAGUCUUGAUGGCUCUAAGGCGAGUCGUAAAAAACGGCGCUUCAAGAUGCCCUCGUUCUCACGCAAAGGAAAAGACAAAAAGAAGGGUGCUAGCUCCAAAGACACGCCCUCUGCUGACACGUCGAAGUAG